UGCCGUUGCACUGCAGUGUGUCACGUGGUGCAGCUCUACCGCUGCAGUUGCAUCGUCAGUGUGACUGUGUAGUACUGAGCGCAUGCGCGCGUCUCCCUCUCUCCCCCCCGUGCUUUCAGACUUGGCCGGUCGCGUGCGCUCACAUUCCCACAAAAGAAGUUACUAAGAAAAUUCUGAAGUUCGGCCGCAAACUACACACUACCGGACACCAUGGCCUCAGGAGUCACUGUUACUGAAGAAGUUAUUCAAGUCUUCAAUGAAAUGAAAGUGCGAAAGUCCUCAACCUCAGAUGAAGUAAAAAAGCGCAAGAAGGCAGUGUUAUUUUGUCUCAGUGAUGACUUGAAGAAGAUCAUUAUAGAGAUUGGCAAAGAAAUCCUUGUUGGUGAUAUUGGAGACACUGUUGAAGAUCCAUAUGCGGAUUUUGUAAAGCUCCUACCUCUGAAUGACUGCCGGUACUGCUUGUAUGAUGCCACUUACCAAACAAAAGAGUCCAAGAAAGAAGACUUGGUGUUUGUAUUUUGGGCCCCUGAUAAUGCACCACUAAAAAGCAAGAUGAUAUAUGCUAGCUCUAAAGAUGCCAUUAGGAAAAAGUUAACAGGUAUCAAGCAUGAAUGGCAAGUCAAUGGCUUGGAAGACAUCAAGGACCCAUCAAACCUGGUCAAUAGAUUGGGAAGCGGUAUUGUAUCACUGGAGGGGCGACCAGUGUAAACUCAUUUGAUGCUGCCUUUGGAUUCCACUUGCUUUCUAUCUUAGCAGCUGUAUUUUGAUUCAAAGCAGUAGUUUAAAAGUUUUCUCAUUUCGUUUUGUUUUGUUUUCCAUAUGAAGGAGAUCUCUCUAACAUUCAAAUUUAGCGGCUUAUUGCCAACUGGGAAAUAUAUAUAUAUAUAUUAUUUUUUGCUACCCCCACCAAAAAAAGUUAAUCUCAUGGCAUGUUUUGCCUUAAAAGCAAAGCUAUGUACCAGGAUAAGUUUAGUCAUCCCCCCACAACCAUUAAAUUUCUGGUGUUUCUUUUUUGUAUCAGAGAUAUUAAUACUACUGUAACCGACAUGACAAUGCUUUCUGUUAAUGCUUCACAGAGUUGCAUUAACCAAUUGCGAGCACUUUGCACUAUACGUUUUGACGUAUUUAUUUCAACCGUUCUACCUAAUUGGCCUAAUUUGACAUGGCUAAUAUGUUGAGUACUAUGCAGAUAUGAAAGCACUUGUUUAUACACUACAUGUUGAGACACAACUGAGCAUGGGUUACAUGGAAUUUUUCUGUGUUUGUCACCAUAUUAAAGUAACAACCGUUUUCAUUCCUGCAAGGCACAUAAACCGCCUUAUUUUCGAUGUACAGUGUGCCACCAAAGGCGGAGGAGGUGCUGCUUGGUUGUUGUUUUUUUGAACACUAAACGAGAAUGCAUAAUAUCUUAAAGAUGGCAAUACAUGUGUUUGCAGCCUUAAAUUAAACAUUUUUUGAGCUCUAUAAACUUUGUCACUUUGCAAUAAAACCUUGUGGCAAACAAAA